AUGCUAGGCCUCGGCUUCACCACAGCCACCGACAUGGCAUCAGAAGAGGACGACGAAUACAGCCUGGAGGAUAAAUUUGAUGCUGCAGUAAAAGUGAUCUGGACUCUGCCAGAGGAUGGUCCCUUCCAACCAUCAGACGACAUGAUGCUGAUGUUCUACAGUUACUACACACAGGCAAUACAAGGGCCUUGCAAUGUCCCCCGACCCUUAGGCUUCUGGGACACAAGGGGUAAAGCUAAAUGGGAUGCUUGGAGCGCUUUGGGAAAUAUGACAAGAGAAGAAGCUAUGAAAAAUUAUGUUGACAACAUCCAGCUGAUCUUGGAGACAAUCCCCAUAUCAAAUGAAGUGACUGAUCUGGUGCGAAAGCUCGGAAACUUCUUCACAGAGGCGGAAAGCAAUGAUGAAGAUACCGAAGAAAAUGAAGUCGACCGGAGACCUUUUACGAGACCUUUUGCGAAUCAUACAGAGCAAGUGAUCCAGCCCACUAUUCAAGGUUAUGGAGAUCUUUGGGAUGAUAUUCAAAAUGUUCCUGACAUUGCAACAAGUAUGAGUCCUGUUGUUCUGAGUUUGAGAAAUGAGAAGGAGAUACAUGGUGUGGAUGAUAUUCCUGAGGAAGAGGAGAUUGAGCUCAAAGAGCUGCUGAUGGCUGGGACUGAAGACUGGAGCUCGGACAGUCAGAAGUCUGACAGCAGCAGCAAGGAGCCAAGUGUUUCCUCUGUCACCAAUGUGACGCACAGCUCGCUCAACAGCGAGGUAGAAGAAGUGGAGCUUGCAUGUUCAAUAGAGCCUCCGUCUGAACACAUUCCCAAUGUAAACUUCAUCGAACACCUCAGCGAUCACAUGCCUGCUGGGAUUAUUGUUAGAUCUACUGAUUCAGACAAUGAGGAAUUCUGUGAUUCAAUGGAGCAUCUUGCAAUUGAGCAAAGUGACUUGGGAUUCAUGGCCUUCUCAGCUUUAAACUGUUCAAGACAAUCUGGUCUGGUAGAUGGGAUAAGAACAGCUGACUUCAGAAGUGCCUUGUCAAGGAGACAACCAGCAACUUCCGAACCAACUUGUGGGUCUCAGUUGGGUAUAAAUGUGAACAUGGCAUGCUGCUGUGUAUCUCAGAGCACUCGGUCUCUCUAUAAUCCAAGCGAAAACAUGAAUGAACACAUAGCCUCUGCUCUGCUGAGACUCCAACAGGACAUGGACAAUGUUCUGCAGAAGCUGCAGACUCUAGAGAUCCUCCAAACACCACAGCCUCCAUCACCGUCACCAGAGCAGCACCCUCUGACAGCUGCCCUUCAGUUCAUCAAACCAUCUUGGUGGCGUUCACACUCGACUUCUGUGUUUUUCACCUUAUUCUGGCCAGUGUUGGUGCAUUGGCUUGUCCAGAUGUAUGUGCAGAGAAGAAGGAGAAUAUUGUGA